AUGAUAAUAACUGGAGAUAAUGAACUAGAAAUUUCUAAUCUAAGGAAAGACUUGUCUGUUCGUUUUGAGAUGAAAAAUUUGGGGAAAAUUGGAUGUUUUCUUGGUCUGGAAGUGGAAAAAUCAGAUCGAGGCUACUUUGUUUCUCAGAAAGGUUAUGCGGAGAGUCUCUUAGAACGUUUCAUCAUGGGGGAGUCGAAAGAAAAGGCUACUUCAAUGGAGCCAAAUCUCAAGUUGAAAAAGAAUGAAGGCGAGGCUUUGAAGGAUGCGAUAAAGUUCCGACAACUAGUUGGAAGUUUGAUUUAUCUGACUAUCACAAGGCCAGAAAUAUCUGACUCUGUUGGUGUCUUUUCUCAAUUUAUGCAAAAUCCAACAACUUCUCCUUUAAAUGCCGCGAAGAGGAUUUUGCGCUAUGUGAAAUUAUCUCUUAGUCAUGGACUUUGGUACAAGAGGUGUGAUACUUUUUUAUUGAGUGGAUUCAUUGAUGCAAAUUGGGAAGGUGAUACACAUGAUCGUCGCUCGACUUCAGGUUACUGUUUUAGUACCGGGUCAGCAGUGGUGUCUUGGUGUAGCAAGAAGAAAGAUGUUGUUGCUUUGUCUACCACCGAAGCUUAA